AUGGCUUCAUCAUCGCGAGCCUUGACCCGCCUCUCUGCCACUGGAGCUCCCCAGAAGAAGCUUGCGGGAGGAGCUGUCGCAAACUUCGCGACGACGUCACCUGCGCGUAAACCCGCAUUUCCGUCCGCCCUCAUCACACGCACGCGAUCGACCGUCUCGCGUCAAUUCACGAGAGGAUAUGCAGACGUGCCGCCUACCGUCCCAGCUCGGCCCGGCAAGUGGUCGAGAAGGUUACGCGGUACCGUCAGAUGGUCCUGGCGCUUGACCUACCUGUCUCUAAUCGGCGGUACUGCUUACAUUAUCUACGAUGGUUACGAUGCCCGCCAUCCAGAAGAGCAGUACAACCCCGAUCCCCACAAGAAGACAUUGGUUAUUCUCGGCACCGGCUGGGGCUCUGUUGCUCUCCUGAAGAAGCUUGACACGGAAAACUACAACGUGGUUGUCGUGUCGCCGCGCAAUUACUUCCUGUUUACGCCCCUCCUCCCGUCAUGUACAACCGGUAACAUUGAGCACCGCUCCAUCAUGGAGCCGGUGCGCCAGAUUCUGCGUCACAAGAAGGCGGCUGUCAAGUACUACGAAGCUGAGGCUACUCAUAUCGACGCCGAGAGAAAGGUCAUCAAGAUAUCCGACAGCAGCGAGAUCAAGGGCGUCAUCAACGAGACGGAGGUUCCCUACGACAUGCUGGUCAUUGGUGUUGGUGCCGAGAAUGCCACUUUUGGUAUCCCUGGAGUGCGCGAGCACAGUUGCUUCCUCAAAGAGAUCCGCGAUGCCCAGGCCAUUCGCACCAAGAUCAUGGAUUGCGUUGAGACUGCUGCGUUCAAGGAUCAAGCCUCUGAUGAGAUCGACCGUUUACUGCACAUGGUUGUCGUAGGAGGAGGUCCCACCGGUGUUGAGUUCGCCGGAGAGCUGCGCGAUUUCUUCGACGAGGACAUCAAGAAACUGAUCCCCGACAUCGCUGACCGCUUCAAGGUGACGCUGGUGGAGGCACUGCCCAACGUCUUGCCCAUGUUCAGCAAGCAGCUCAUUGACUACACCGAAAGCACCUUUAAGGAGGAGCACAUCGAGAUUAAGACGAAGACCAUGGUGAAGAAAGUGACUGACAAGACUAUCGAGGCUGAUGUUACCGGCCCCGAUGGCAAGAAGGAGAAGAUCACGAUUCCCUAUGGUCUUCUUGUCUGGGCCACUGGCAACGCCCUGCGACCUAUUGUCAAGGACCUCAUGUCCCAGAUUCCCGCCCAGAAAGAUUCGAGACGCGGUCUAGCCGUCAACGAAUAUCUCGUUGUUCAAGGCGCCCGUGACAUCUGGGCCGUAGGUGACUGUGCCGUCGCAGGAUAUGCGCCCACGGCCCAAGUCGCUUCGCAAGAAGGAGCUUUCCUCGCCCGUCUGUUCAACAACAUGGCCAAGACUGAGUCUUUGGAGUCCGAGAUCCACGAGCUGAGCUCGACCCUGAACAUCAAGCCUGGCAAUGCUGCCGAGGUUACGCAGGAGAUCGAAGGUUGUGAGCGCCAACUCCGACGGAUUAAGGAUAUCAAGCCAUUCCACUACUCGCACCAGGGCAGCUUGGCGUAUAUUGGUAGCGAUCGUGCCGUUGCUGAUGUUUCGUGGUUCAAUGGCAACCUCGCCUUUGGCGGCAACCUGACGUACUACUUCUGGAGGAGUGCGUACUUGAGCAUGUGUUUCAGCACCCGCAACCGAGUGCUCGUCGCCUUGGACUGGGUCAAGGCCAAGAUAUACGGCCGGGAUGUUUCCCGUGAAUAA